UAUUCCCCUAAACCCCUAAGCGGUUUACCAGUCUUGCUACUCACUAAAACUGUGGAAAACAACUUUGUAGGAGCUAUAAGAAGACGUGACUCACAUUGGGAGUAUGACUAGUCUACCAUGGUUAACAAUAUCCAAUGCGUUAAAGGAGUUCUAUUUUCAGCUGCAUUGCUGUGUUGUGUUUGUGCACUGGUCGCGCAACUUGACAAUUUUAAAACUCUCCCUCAAGACGAGCUUAUGCCCCUUGCUUUUGCUUAUGGUCAAGCCUUGGACCACUAUGCCGCAGAGAGUUGGACGGACUGCAUCAAAUAUAUGGAACUAAGUUUACGGUUACAUCGGCUUCUGAAAGACAGCGUGACUUAUUGCAUUAGACAUUGUAAUGAUACGAGCCAUAACCAAGAGGAAAGUGUCUUGGUUACCAGUGACCUCCAAGUGUUCUGGCGUGUAUUGAUGCGAGCGUCAUGUCAUAAAAAGUGUAGAGCGCAUUUCCCUGCGCUCUCACUCCCUUAUCCAAGGAAAGAGAUCAUAGAGGAUUUUGAAAGAAGGUCGCCCUACCGCUACAUGCAUUUUGCUUAUUUUAAGAUGAAUGACCUACAGAAGGCUGUAUCCUGCGCCCACACUUAUCUACAGAAAAACCCAGAUGAUCAGCUGAUGAACCAACACAUGGACCACUACAGAAGUGAAUAUGACCUGGAGGGCUUCCUCGUCGACCAGGAAGAACAACCUUAUGAGGGCAGCUUCCUGAAAGCUGUAACAAUUUUCAACUCUGGAGAUUUCAGCAGCUGCAUCAAACACAUGGAGCAGGCUCUGAGCCAGUACCUUCACCAGCACCAACUGUGCCUGGCAGGGUGUGAGGGGGCCAGUGAGGUGCCCCUCCUCAAAGAUCUAUACCCCACCCUGGCAGAUACCUAUGUAGAAGCACUGAGGUGUAAGGUGAAGUGUGAGAGGAACCUGAUGCCUAAUGUUGGUGGCUACUUUGUGGAGAAAUUCAUGGCCACUAUGUACCAUUAUCUGCAGUUUGCUUACUAUAAAUUAAAUGAUGCCCGCAGUGCAGCGCCAUGUGCAUCCAGCUACAUUCUCUUUGACCCAGAGGAUGAUGUAAUGAAGCAGAACAUUCUGUACUACCGGUCUUACAGCCAGCAGUGGGGCCUGGAAGACAGCCACUUCACCCCUAGAGUGGAGGCCCAGAGGUACUAUAACCAGACCAGCCUGCAGAAGCAGAUGCUGGCAUUGGCAGUAAAGUACUUGCAGUCAGAUGGGGAGGACUUUUUGGGCCCAGAAGUAAUUGUAAUUGAGUCCCCGGAGUCGCCCGAUGUUGAGUUUGAGGGACCUGGAGAUUAUGAAGAAUCCAUCUAUGCCAAAUGGUGGCAGCCAAAGGGAAAAUGGGACAUUGGAGAUUCUGAUAUGUGAAUGUAAUCUAAAACCAAUGUGGACCAAAAAGGUUUUAAGGAAAACCAUUUUAGUUCACUUGCUUUGAGUAGUAGUAUACAUUGCUGCAUAAUUGGGUUUACAUUUUAGAUUUAGUCAUUUAGCUGACGCUCUGACUUACAGUAAGUACAGGGACAUUCCCCC